AUGACGUUGGCUGAGUCAGCAAAGCUGGGUGGUAUUCAUUAAGUACCGAAUGGAAGAAAACCGACUGAAACAGGGAGGGACUACCUGAAGUUGUCCAAUAAGAAACACUGUUUUUAGUUUUACUGUUAUUUAACAAUUAUUUUGCAAUGUUCCACAGACAGGGACUUUUUGACCCUUUGUGAUUUAAAGGCACAAAUAUAUAACUUUUAUUUCCAGUGCUACUCCUGGGUGGUCACUUUUCGGGUGCAUAAAUGCUCACUCUCUUCACUCUUUCUCCACUCAGCUCUCUUCACGGAGGUCCCUCAUGACAUCACAACGCAUAGUGGUCAGGAUGUGGAGAUGGCCUGUUCAUUCCGGGGGGCGGGGCCCUCCUACUCCCUGGAGAUCCAGUGGUGGUACAUGAAGAACAACAGAGACUGGCCAGAGAAACCCGCCUGGACCUCCAAUCAGGUGAGCUGCUGAGAGGAACGUUUGGUUGGAGGGCGGGACUUGCCUUUUAAGUGGAGAAUGUUAUUGGCCGUUGGGUGUUUGAGUGACACCUGUGAGUCAAUGAUCCGAGUUACUGUUCUGUGAUUCUGCUUGACAUAGAGUAGCAGUGGUUGUGUUAACUUGAUGAGCACAAUUAAUCAAUGUAGAUCCACCCACUAAAUAUUAGUAACUGUCAACCCUGGUUUGUCUAUUGAAAGGUUACAAAUGGAGCCCCGAAUCCUUCCUUGAGAUACGUGUGUCGGCAUGUGUAUAACAUCCUCCCAACCUGCAUUAACCUGACCAUGCAUUAUUCACUUGCAUUAUGUUCUUGUUUCUUAAAAGAGUAGCCCUUUAUCUGAUUAUAAUUAUAAUUAUUAGAAUAUUUUAUUAAUUAUUAGCUAAGAUAUUUAUUAUCUUUUAAAUGUAUUCUAAAUGUACAUCAGUCGGGUUUUAGACCAGAUCAUAGCAGUACCAGAUCAUAGCACUACCCUCUUUGAUUUCACAUAGGUUGAUACAUUGCUAUGUUUUAAUUCAUAAAGCCCUUUUACAAAAAGUCCCACUGUACCUAACAUCAUUACAACAUUUUAGCCAUACGAGUUACCACAUCCGGUCUCAAGGAUAGCUAAUUCUGGAAAUUCCUUUAGUCUCUACUGAGUUAGGUAAAAUCAGCUCUUAGUUUUCUUGCACCUUAUUUGUGGAACAGUUUUCAAAAUGUUCUUAAAUUUGAUGUUCUGGUGCCUAUAGGGCAAUUCAGAAAGCUGAUUGAGGACCUUAUUACUGAUGAAUGUGUUAGUUUUUUAUGACCAUGUUUUUCUUUCUGCUUGCAUUUUGUAUUUAUAUUUUGAUAUGUGUAUUUUCUGUCAUUUAUGUAAUUCAUGGUCAUCUGUAAAAUAAACAUUGGUCUCAGUAUGACUCCCUAAUCAAAUAAAGGUUAAAUUAAAUAAAUAAAUGCAAAAAACAUUAAUUAAGCCCACAUGGACUUUGUUAACACACUAUUACCAUACAAAGAGAUAAUGUAUAUUACUGUGGACAGAACUGAAUCGACUGAAUCCACAUUAGCCUACAAUACAGCAGGCAGAGGAAAUACAUUAGCCACAGCCCUUGGCACUGGAAAUAAUAGAUAAUUGCUGAUUAGCAUUUUACUAGCGCUGUGGGAGGAGGUUGACUUCUCUAACCCCCUGCUGUGGUGCUAGACACUAUAAUUGGCAUUAAGGAAGGAAUAGAUUUUCCAAAUCUCUGUUCGAUGCAUAAUGCAUACCUAUGCCCAUAAGAACAUUAACAACUUCAUAGUUAAGAACACUAUAAUAAUAUUGAAUAAAAUAAAACUUAUUCUACAAGAACCAAUAUCAAUUCCUAUAAACACAACCUUAUGGAACAAUCCUUGGAUAGCUUUUCAGAAUUCACUGAUAAAUUGGUCCAAAUGGAAAACUAAAGGCAAAUAAACCUUAAAUGACUUGGUAACAGGAAAUACAUUUAUUUCCAUGACAGAAUAAAAAAAAUAUUUGGACUGACCAAUGUAGAUAGUUUCAAAUACAUGCAAUUUAAAAGUUACAUAUCACAAAAUGUCGAUUUCAAAUCCUUUGGACAUCAGAGCAACCUUGAGGGAAUCUUAUUUGAGUCAGAAAAGGAUGUUCAUAUGAUAGGGAAGAUAUACUGUACAAAACAUUGCAGAGAGCAUAUACAACUGACAAUCUCUCAGAAAAAAAAAUAAUAAUAAUUGGAACCAAGACAUAAAAAUAACUGAUGUUGGCACAAGAUGGAGGGAAAGUUGGGAGAAUAACUAACAAAAUUACAGUUAACUAAAAUGUACGCUUAAUCCAGUAUUAGCUAAUGUAUAGAAUUUAUUAUACAAGAGACAAAAUUAUACAGCACAACAGCAGAGUCAUGUCUUAAGUGUAAAACGAAUAAUGACUCAAUAAUCCAUGCUUACUGGGAAUGCUAUGAAGUCCAAAAGUUAUGGGUGGAGCUAGAAAGGUGGCUGUCAGAAUGUAAACUUAUUUUAAUCUGUCUGUCUGCAUAUUUCAAGACAUACCCAAUGGGCUGGACAAUUCUCUUCUCAACACUGAUCUUGAAAAAAUGUAUACUAAAAAUGUGGAAAUCAAUACGCCAUCAUUAACCCAAUGGAAAAAUCUAAUGGUUUAUUAUUGAAAUAUUGAAAUAGCAUGGGCGACUGAGAAAAACGAAUUGGUACAAUUUAAGGCCAAGUGCCAAACAAUAAUGUAGGCACUAGGGAUGGGGUUGUGAGCAUGCGGGUCUGGGCAGAUGAUAUGUAGCCAUUGUUUGUGUGCGUCUGUAAGUUCACAUCAAUAUACACAUCAAUAUUCACAUCAAUACACUAAAAGCAAAACAAAAUCAUUGAAAAACAAGUCAAGUCAUUUUGAUUCUAUCUAAAUUGAUACUGUAUGUCACUUGCUAAUGUUAUUUCAGCCAUAUGCCUGACUUAUUUUAAUCAAUUCCUUAUAGGUGGUGCCAAUGGAGAUGUCUAAGGAUGCCACCAAAAUAAGUGUGAGGAGACACAUGUACAGUAUACAGUACUGCACUGUAAACUAAAUUGACUCUUAACUAAACAUGAUUAACUCAUUACUAACUUAAUUACCUGUGUUGAAACCCAGGAAUAUGAUUCAUAUGCAUAUGACUUACAAAUACAUUAUCUCCUGCCACAGGUGGUGAAAGUGGCCGGGAGCAACAUCUCCCACAAGCUCCGCCUCUCCAGCGUCAAGCGGUCAGACGAGGGCAUGUACGAGUGCCGCGUCAUCGACUUCAGCGGCAGCGUGGCACAGCACCACCACAUCCGGGCCUACCUCCAGGUGGAAGCCGAGAGAAGGCUGGGCCACGGGUCAGCAGACUCCCAGCCCAAGGAGCCCCGACAGAAGGGACAGGGGAGCCAGGUGCACCCCCACCAAACAGAGGGCCGGGAACUGAAGAGGCGAUCGGCCGAUGACAGCACCACGGACUGCACUGAGAGCUGUGUGCUCUAG